AUGAAACCGAGUUGGCGGAAACACACCAGAGGAGAGAAAGGCGCAGAGAUCAAGAAAGAGAAAAGGCUGAAGGAAGAGGCUGAGCACAAAGCUUUUGAAGAAAAGAGAAAGUCUAAGGAGUUAGCAGAGAUGUAUCCUGAGUUGAAGAAAAAGAUUGAAACAAAGAUUGCACGAAGGGGUAGAAUGGCUAAAGUUCCAAUAGAAGUUCCUAAGAUUAACAGGAAAGAUAUCAACGAUCCAACAAGCAGUGGAAUGAUUGAAGUUCAGGCACUUUCAAAAGAGGUCGAGGAGGAGGCAACUUUGAUGACGUCUCUGGCUCACCCUGCACUCCCUCAUGUGUUUGGUGUGCGCAUUGAACGGAAGCCAUUCCUUACUGUAAUGCAAUUUCACGGUCUUCUUAAAGAAAUCACUACACACAUUCCCUGCACUUUAAGGCGAUUGUUGCAUCUAGAAGGGUCUAAAGAGAUUAUCACAUCAGAUGACCUCACUCACAUGUUGUAUGUGGUGUGUGAUGCUCUUGAGUAUUUGCAUGGAAGAAGAAUUCUGCACAAUGACUUGAAAGCAGAUAACAUUGUGAUUGAGAGGCAACAUGAUGGUCAAUUGUCACCAGUUAUAGUUGACUUUGGGAAAGCCUGUACAUUAGAAAAUGCUACUUAUCUUCAUGUUGAUAAAUGCAAACAAGAACAGUUUAUGAGGAGAUAUAAACAAAUUGCUCCGGAAGUUGUUAAGGGUAAAAUGAAACAGUCAGAAUCAUCUGCUAUAUUUUCAUUUGGCAUGGUCAUGAGUGAAGUGAUUAACAGUACUCAGUUCUGA